UCGGUCUUCGGAGCGGUAGAGCAAGGUCGUCAAGGAAGAGGAUUGUGGUGGUGCGGCCAUUAUCUCCGCCGUCCACCCCUGCGCCCCUCGCUGAGCUUCCCGCCGCACCAUGUUGGGCCAAAGUGUCCGGAGGUUCACCACCUCCGUGGUCCGUCGCAGCCACUACGAGGAGGGCCCGGGAAAGAAUUUGCCAUUUUCGGUGGAAAACAAAUGGCGGUUACUGGCGAUGAUGACUGUGUACUUUGGAUCUGGAUUCGCUGCUCCCUUCUUCAUAGUGAGGCACCAGCUUCUUAAGAAAUGAGAAUAUUUAAUUCAACCCUUUAACAGAAUGAAGAUUGUUUUAAGAGAUUGAUCUGAAAACUGGAUUAAACUCUUGAACUCUUAUUACUAAAUAAAAUUGUAAAUAAAUAUGUAA